GGUCUCCCCUCUCGUGCUACAACUAUCAUGGUGCUGGAACUGCUUGUGGUGUUCGGGGCGCUCCUGGUGGGGUCGUGCGAGGCAGUGGACGGCUCCACACGCUUUGGUGUUGCUACAGCAGCAAGAUCCCCUGACGGACGCCGUGAUGGUCGCGAAAGUCAAUUUGCAUUCCAAGAUGAAUCCGGUUUUCCUCGAGGAGCUUCUUCUGGGCCUUUUAGGGAAACCACAGAGAACGGUUUUUCUAACGGAGGUCGUGGCUUUUCCGGCAAUGGUGGUGUACAGGAUACCAGUAAUUCGUUCAGCAGGGGAUUUGGUAACUCUCCAGGUAGCUCAUUCAGCUUUAACGGCGGCCCACCAGGGGUUACGGACGAUCUUACUGGGCCCUCCAGUGAAACCUCUUUCGGAGAUUUUUCCAAUAGCGCUCGUGGCACUUUCUCUAGUCCUGGUGUAGGAGGAUCUGAUAACUCAUUUACCAAUGUAUUCGAUAGUGGUUCUGCUAACGCUAUCGGCAGCAAUGACCAUUCCUUCGAUAAUUCAUUUGGUGUUAAUAGUGGUUCGUCAGGUACCUUCAGGGACUUCGCAGAUAGUGCAGCCGGCUCCUUCGGCGGCUUUCGGGGGUCCGAAAGCGCCUCUGGCAGUUCUGACGACGAGGGCAUCGGCUCUGGGUCUUUUAGCAAUGAUGGUGAAAGGGGCAUAGUUAACCCUUUCCCUUUCAACAAUGGCUUCGGGAGAGAUCCCUUUAGCUCAUUCGGCACCAGCGAUGAUUCCUUCGACAACUCCUUUGGUGUUAAUGGUCGUUUGCCAGGAGGAUUCGAUGCCUCCUCGGACGGUCGAUUUGGAUCCUUAGGCGGAUUUCGAGGCACGGCAGGAGCAUUUGGCAGCUCCUUCGGUGGCCCACUUAGUAGCGGUUCUCUACCCAGACCUGGUUUAAGAGGCUCUGAAAAUCCAUUCAAUAAUUUUGCCAAUUUUCCUGUAAAUUUCUUUAAUGGCAAUGAAGGUUUCUUUGAUAAUUCCUUCAACAAUAAUGGUCAGUUACCAGGUGACUUUCUGGCCUCUGAAGGCUUUAUUGGCCCCUUAGGUGGCCUUCGUGGCACUUUUGGUGACUUUGACACCUUUAAUGGCUUUAAUGGCUUCAAUAAUAACCUCGAUGGCUCUUUCGGUGUUCCGGGCAACAUUAUUGGAAAUGGAGGCGGUGUGUUCCUUGCCCUGGUGAGUCCUUCUGGAGUGUUUCUUCUUCCUUCGUCAGCACUGGUCUCCGCCCCUGGUGUUUUGGGCUGACAUGAUGGGUUGACACGGUGGACUGACACGGUGGGCACAGAGAAUACAUACCUGGAUAUGAAGGCAACAUCAGUGAAUGUGAAUUAUUCACUGUACCGGCUACAGCUGAAACAUUACAGAAUGCCCUUCGCCCGAUCUGUACCUCGCGUAAUGGACAACUAUGUAAAAUAUUAACUGAAUUAUUCACUACAUAUUUAUUAAAAAAAAAUGAGCAGUAUCA